AAAAGAAAAACUGUGAUGGCAAACAAAUUGCAAAAGUUGUAUUUAUUAAAUUCUACUCAUUCUGAUGUGUGGAUAAAAUGGCAUAAAUUGUUAAAAAAAUGACAGAAUCAAGUAACACAAAUAGAUUAGUAUUGAUAUUUCUCUCUAUCUUACCAGUAUGUUUUACAGACAGCAAUCCCUAUGCCGAUGAACCAUACCGUCCUCUUGGGCCCCUAGUGAAAUGUAGUUUUCUGCCAAUAGAAUUCUUAAACUGUGAUCAUCCAAUUGACCAUAAAGGCAACCAGACAGCCCGGGAUGCGACGGGACAUGGAUGUGUGAAGUUUGGAGGAGUGUUGUAUGAAAAAGUUGAACGUACCAAAGUGCAGUGUAAGGCGUUAGACAAUAUUGAGUGUCAUGGAAGUAGAACAUUCUUGAAAGACGGUUUCCCUUGCGUGCGAUACUCUGGACACUAUUUUACCACAACUCUGAUCUAUAGCAUCUUGCUUGGUUUCUUGGGAAUGGAUCGGUUUUGCCUAGGACAAACUGGAACAGCUGUUGGAAAAUUACUGACUCUCGGAGGGUUGGGUAUUUGGUGGAUAGUUGAUGUGAUAUUACUUAUCACUAAUAAUUUACACCCUGAAGAUGGAAGCAAUUGGAAUCCAUAUGUAUAAAAUUCCAAUACUGUAAUAGGAUUUUAUUGUAAAAAGU